CCGGGGUCCGUACUUGCUUUGAAUUCUGGAAGAUCGUUGAGCGUUGUAGUCUUUUUCCUCAGGAUGUGCAAGUCUUGUGCAGGAUGCGUUCGCGUGCUGAUGAUUGUGUUUAACAUCCUGUUUACAAUCAUAGGGAUGAUUGUUUUAUCCGCUGCUUUGUACUUCUACUUUUCAACGUUCGGGGUUAGAGGUACUGAUCAGCACAAUAUAUUGGCUUAUACUUAUAUCGUUCUGGCUGCUAUUGGGGCUCUGAGCUUUGUAUUGGGAAUAUUAGGUUGUUGUGGCUCAUAUCACUAUAGUCGAUGUUUGUUGGGCUUUUAUUUUGCUCUGUUACUGGUUAUUUUCGCCAUCGAAAUUGCUAUUGGCGUAGCUGGGUUCGUCCAUAGAGAACAGGUAAGUUUAAAUUUGUAUUUAAAUGUAUAUACUUUACAAAAAGUUCUAAACAUCAAUAGUGUGGAUGUAGCGCACAAUGGCUCGGUUAUUCGGUUUGCAAUUAUCAAGUUGUAAUCUUAACCUAUUACGUACAUUUCAGUUCCAGUGCUCUUUCAGUGUUGUUGAUUUUACUCAGGACCUUGCGCAAAUGUGUUCAUAGCAUUGUAGUGGUGGUAUGCCUAAUGAUAGAAAUGGAUUACUUAUUUCUCUUGUUAAACCGAAUUCGGAGCUUUAGGGGGAUGAUGUAUUGACUUUAUUGGUGCACACUACGUCUGAUCUUUAACGUUUUACAACCAUCUGUUAAGUGGUUGUCUGAUAACUUAAGCAUUCAGUGUUAUUUUGUUUAAAACAAUAAUUGAAGCACUUGACUUUCAGUAAAUGCAUCACAGAUUCAAGCGCCGUCCUACACACUUUCAUUUGGAUAGUCGAGUAUUUUCACUAAUCAUCAUAAAGCUAGAAACUAGUGACUAAAGGAAUAAAGUGAUACACUAAUGAUAACAUGGUCAUCUCACAGUUUAACGGAUCCGCCCCCAAAUGCCCUGAUACAUCCGAAGGUGGAUACGAAAUGUGCAUCCAGGGGAGUUAAAAAAUACUAGGUUCAAACCAAUUGUAUACGUGUAGUCCAGUCGCUAUCAUUCAAUAGCAGCACUAUUUUGGUAAUAUGGACGUUCCGGGCUCAUUGAUGAUAACUCAGUUGGUACCAAUUUUUAAAAACACCGGAUUUGGUGGUUUGGUCAUCUGUUACGAAUCAUAUCCCAAUGGUUUUCAUAUCAUGCAUUAUUUGCCGACGCUAGGAUUCAGAAGGAAAAGUCAAUUUACGACAUACGGCCCUUCUCUCGUUUAUAUCUUUACAGUAUUGUUUGUGUGUCGCAUGCUUUUUCGAUACCCUGUUGUACCGGAACUUGUAUAUUAAAUAACAAACGGCUUCAUCUCACUCCGAUUGUGCUCUGUUACGCUAACUGACAGGUGCUAAAUGAGUUGAAUGACACCACCAUUUUCAGCUUCUAUUUGUCAUUCAAAUGACAUCCAUAUUUCACUGAAAUAUCCUAUUGAGUAAUUUUAUGAUAAUACUAUUGGUAAUAAUACUGGGUCUGUUCAGUGUUAUAUAUUUAGUACAACAUGGAAUUCUCAGUGCACAAUAUUCCGACAAGUUCCUAUGACUUGUCUUAUCACAUAUAUAUACAAAAAUACGUAAAUACAGUGGCAUAGAAAUCUUUGCAAAAACAGUGAGAAUGUAAAUAAAUGUUUCAAAAGUUUGCUUUUUUGGCUAAGUCAACCCUUACAACUUGUUUGUUGUGUAAUAUAUGUGCUACAUGUGGCAUUAUAUAUUUUAUGUGCUUUUUUGUGUGAAUGUAUCAUAUGCGUUUCGUUUUUCUAGAAAAUAUGCAAGGAGUAUGAAGCAAAUGAGGUGCAGGUUAUGUAUCUAAUAAAAUAAAACUCACCAAGAUUUCAACUGUCUAUCGACAAACAUUUUUAAUGACAUCAAAAGAUUCACAAAAUACUAUACUAAUUGGCUUCAGCACUCCACAACACAGUAAAAUAUCUGAGAAAUCUAGGGAAGGGUAGAUUAUAUACACAGAUGAUCAUGCUAUUAAUUUAUGCAACUAAACUCGUAACAUUGUGUGGUAUAGUUAUUACACAGAAAGUAUUUCAAAUUUAUUCCUUUAUGUUGCAUUUUUGCUUUGUGCAUUUUUAUUCAAUACCUUACUAGGCACGUGCAAUUAUCCACGAAACACUUAAAGAAGGUGUUGAAGAUUGGAAAAAUUCCAACAAUGAAGUUCGAUGGAUGGAUGCAAUCCAUGUUAUGUUCCAAUGUUGCGGUUACAAUGGACCUACAGACUAUGGUAUUGCUAAAGUCCCUUCUUGUUGUUUAAAUGAUCAAUGUGCUAUGGAUUUCGCUUUGCUCAGUUUUCAGACGGGUUGUAAAGAAAGAAUUGACAAUAUUAUGCAUAAUUUCCUAAUCAUAUGUAUCUCGGUUAUUACAAUAGCCCUCAUUGAGGUAAGUUUCAUGUAAAAAAAGCAUGUGUCUGUGUAUAUGACUGACGUAAUAAGCAUUAUAUUAAUAAAUAUGUUUUUUGUAAUAUCACAGUGAGUAGAAAAUUGUAUUUCUGAUGUUUCGUGACCUUGAUGUAAGCCUCUUCGUGAGAGUAAAUAGUUAUUUACCAUUGAUACCUGCAAACUCAUUAAUAAUCGAAUCAAAUAAGUGCUCCGCAUCAACUGCUGAAAAUGUAACUAAUGUUUGGCGGACAGUAUGGUUUUUAAAUUUUAAUAUAACCUUAACAAAUAAGUUGGUGAGUAGACCGACUAACGAUCAGCUAGGAGGACUCCGGUUAGUUGGCAGUGGUCGAAAAACUGUACGUCCGAAUAAGACGAUGGGUGCUAACUCGAAAGGUAUUCAACUAACUGCGUACACAUGUAGGCCACGAUGCACAAUAGAAUAGUGAAUACCAUAGUUAAUAAAAGUAAGGCAUUCAUGGUAAAAGUCAGAAUACUGUGCUUAUGAUUAAAUUAUAACAGUUUAGGAUUAGACGAAUAAAGGAAACCAAUAAUCCAACUGUUUAUAACUACGGAUAAAAAACUAGGAAUAAUAAUAAGCAAAGAUGGAUGGUGGCUAGCAGUGAAAUUUAGGACACGCGUUUCAUCCCACAUGGGACUCGUCAGUUAGAUGUACCUGUAUCCCAGUGUUGAUGUUCACUCUAGGACUCAAACCGUGUACCAUUCGCUUCAAACGCCAUCGCAACUUAUGGUAAUCCUCUUAGGAGGUACAUAUGCCAAUAAGAGAUUGAUCAAUUGCAGUUAUAAUCAUCAAUAGGAAGAUUCAACACACCAAAUACAAAAGGUAAUUAAGAGUAAUAAUAUCUUAAAAGUAAGUUAUCUAGUUUGUUACAUUCCUUUCAUUUUCCUAGUUAUAACGGUUUGGUUAACUUAAUAAUUAUAACUAACAUCCACAUCACACUUGUUUUUUUCUUCUUUUCAAAAUCUCCGUCUAGCUGAUUGGUUUGAUAUUUGCAAUGACUCUUUGUUGUGCUGUGAAUGGGCGUGAUCCAAACGCUUAUUAUCGUGCAGUACAAACAGCAUAAAUUGAUUGUUUUUUUUAAAACACUCGACCAACCUAACCAAUCUUUAAAUAAUUGAGAAUUUCUAAACAUCCAAUUCUCCUAUAUGUUUCCACGAACCUAUUCAUUAUGAUUAUAUAAUUCCAACUUUGUAUUGUUCAUCUAUUUCAGAAAUAACAAUGAAUAAUGUAAUUUAGUUAUAUGUGUUUAUAAUCUACUUGUUCAUUUCUACACAUACAUAUUUACAAUAAUCAUUCGAUCAUUUCAUAUCAGUUGUCUUUUUCUAUUGUGUAUCUGAGCGAGAGAUUUUUCCUCUUUCUCUCUUUCACCUUCGAAUGACCAAUUUCAUUUUCACACAAUCUUUAAUUAAUCCUGUCAUACAACACAGUGGUACUCUGUGUGUGUGUGUGUGUUUACUCAUAGUUACACUUCUCUUCUUUUUUCUCUCAUUGUCACCAUCAUCUUCGUUAUUUUUAUUCGAUACAUAUAAGGAAUACUUCACGAAUGACACAAAGAAGUAAAAUUGCGAAAUUUAACACACACCCACAUCGUAAUAAAAAUACAUUUGUUAUACUGAUUUUUUUAUAAAAGAAAUCUGCCCAAUUUUUACAUUCUUCUCUUAGAUUCUGUAUCAGUUUCUCAUGUUCCAUGAAAAGUUGUUGGAAUUUAAAAAAAAAUUUUCCUAACAGUCAUUACUGUGUAUGUGUGCGAGAAAGAGAGUAUACUACUACCGGGUAGACAUGUUUAUUCUUUAAGAAAUAAUUAUUACUAAUAUUCCAUCAUUGUGUAGAUAACCAUUUAUGUGUAAUUCACCAUUGUCUUAUACUUAUUCAACCGGUUAUUUUGAUCAUUUCAUUAAUGUCAUGCAUCUAUCAACAAUUUCACCAUUGUGGUGUGUGUAGUGUUUUGUCAUUUGUCAUGUUGUUGCUUUUUUUAAUAUUCGUAUGUGUAUUUUUGUAAUUUAUAAAAAUGAAUUUUGUUCCAUUUUUAUAAACUUUUCAGUACAUAGUAACAUCAUAUUUGUUUUACACACUUGUCUUGAUCAUUUGUCACAUGGACAUUAAUAAUGAUCUAAUGGGAAUAUAUUUAUUCAUCUUCUGGAAUUUUUUUCGUUUUGAAUGAUGAAUUACAUGAAUCGGUCAUUGGAAUAGAUCUAAUCAUUCUGUGUUCGUUCAUUGUUGUAUUACUAUAUAGAUAUAUGUAUUUGUUAAUUUUGCUUCAAUGAUGAUAAUGUUCUCAUUCUAGUAUUCUGCGUACACAUAUAUUAUAUGAAGUGAUCUUUUUUUUAAAAAAAAUAUUGUUCAUCAAUUACCAUCUCAAAAUAUACAACAAAUUUCAUACAGUGUACAUUUGCUUUUUUAAAUGUUUGUUUAGUUGUUUUUUUAUCCAAUGCUGUGUGAUGUGAUACAAAUCGGAGUGUGUGUAUGUGUGUGGCUCUAAGCAAAUGGGGUCAGUCAGCUACAACGUAGGACCAAUUUCGUGGAUUGGUUGAUGUUAGACACUAUCACCAUUGGAUACCGGCUCAGUGGCCCAGUAGGUUAAGCAUUCGCGCGCGAGACCAGAGGGCCUGGGUUCGAGUCCCGCGAGCGGGAUCGUGGGUGCGCACUACUGAGGAGUCCCACGAUAGGACGAAACGGCCGUCCAGUGCUUCCAGGUUUCCAAAGGUGGUCUAACGGCUCAUGAUCUCAAUCAUAAAUUACAACAGAUUUUAAAUUAAAUUGAAUUUAUAUUUCUACUGAAGUCAUGGAUUCCAACUAUCUUUUAUAGAAUUCAGGAAAAGACUUGUAUCUCAGUCUGACGCUACUUGUAGUUUAAUGUUAUUAUUCUGUGAAUCCGAUAAUGUAAUUGUCACCCUUAUAUAAAUUACGUACCGAUGUGAUGUCCAAAACGGCACUGAAAUGUAUACAAUUAGAUAAAAACUCUUUAAGAUACAAUAUGACAAUCAAUUAUAAAUGAAGUACAACACUGAAAACGUAUAAACUUUGAGUGUUAUAAAAGGAAAAGGGUGACUGAUAGAUUUACUGGUGAGAAUCCUGGUAGGCUCAUCGAUUACGUAGAAAAAUAACUAUCUAGCACACGAUUAGCGACUGUGAUCCUAAAACUUGUAAUCAGAGGUUCAGUCCACAAUACUUACGCCUAUUAUCCCUCAUGAAGGAGUAUAGUCCACCCAACAGCACUCUCCAUUGAGUUCUGUCCUGGGCAAUCCUUUCCAGUUGCUAUUCAUCCUUUUCAUGUUUGCUUCCAUUUCCCAACAAAGUCUGUUCUUCGGCGUUUCUCUUUUCUGUUCCCCUUCACCAUUCCAAGUUCGGGAUUGCCUCGUGAUACAGCUUGGUGAUUUCCGUAAUGUAUGUCUUAUCCACUUCCAAACUCUUUCUAAUUUCCUCUUCAGCUCGAAGCUGAUUUGUCCUCUCACACACUAGGCUGUUGCUGGUAGUAUCUGAUCAACGGACAUUGAGUAUCUUGCUUAGACAACUAUUUAUAAAUACUUGUACCUUCUUGAUGAUGAUUGUAGUAGUUCUCCACGUUUCAGCUCCAUACAGUAAGACUGUCUUUACGUUCGUAUUAAAGAUUGUGACUUUGAUAUUUGUUGACAAACAGUUGCUUUGAGUUCCAUUCGUUUUUGAAUUGUAGGAAUACGUCUCUUGCUUUGCCUUUACAUCUGCACCGGAUCCUACCUGUUCAUCGAUGAUGCUUGAUAGGUAUGUGGAAGAUUCCAGAGUUUCCCCAUCAAAUGUGGUUCGGUUGAGGCCUACUGAUGCAGAGGCUGUUACCAUACUAGUUUUCUUCAUCUGCAUUUGUUCGUUUAUAUGGGAUAGAAGGGCCAGGUUAUCUCCGAAGUCUAAAUCUAAUUAAUCUCUAGCUGUCUACUGUAUUCCGUGCUUACCCUCAGAUGUCAAGGUCUUCAUAAUCCAGUAGAAUACCAGGAGAAAGAGGAAGGAGGAUAGUAGACAGCCUUGUCUGACAAUAUAUUAAGAUCAUUUAUAUCAGCUAUUUAGAAUGAUAGUCACUCUAGAUUUUAAAAUCAAUUAAGACAUAUAUAUACAUGCCUGUCUUUCAUUGUUUAAAGUAUCCAUUAAUUCUGUAUUUAUCAUGUUCACCUUAAAAUUAGAUAAGUUUUAGUGAAGCUGAGCAACAGAAAAAAUAUAUACAUAUGUUAUGCCUCGAUAAGAAUAAUGAGUGGUAAUUUUUUGGGAUCCAUUUGUGGACCAAUACUAUACGUAUAUUUUUAUCGUAUAAUUGUUAAUUAACUAAACUAUUCAUGUCUCUCUUAUCAUAAGCUUUAUUUUGACCUAUGGACUAUUAUUAUAUGAUUUUCUAUUCUUGAAUUAUUCCCUAUCUAUUAGUCACUGCCUCCCUCAUUCACAGUCACAUCUGGCUAAUUCUUGUAUAAAUGUUGUUUCAUAUUUUAUUGAUACGUUGUGGUCUCUUUGAUUAGUAUAUAAACUCAGUAUGUUUGAAAUAUAAUGAUUCAUAUUUCAGAGGCUG